CCUCAACCCCUUCCUCAAACCCACUUUCUUACCCAUUGCUACAACGGGGCUCGUUCGAUCUGAAGUCGGUGAUUUUUGAUGGACUCUGGCUCUCUAUAAGAGGAGAAGACAGUCGGGCCGCCAUGUCUGCCCGUGCAAAAUUGGCAGAGUUGCGCGCUCUCCGUGCCGCGGGAAAGAAACGCCUCUCGACUUACGAGGUAGAGGAACAGGGCGACGUCUACGAAGAGGUCGACGACGAGGGCUAUAAGAAGAUCAUUCGCAAUCGACUCGAUCAGGACGACUUCGUGGUUGACGACAACGGUGAAGGAUACGCGGACGACGGUCGCGAAGUGUGGAACGAGCGCGGCGCCGACUACGACAGUGAAAGCGAGGACGAUGAAUUGCCUGCCCGGAGCAAGGCUGCCAAGCGGAAACGUGAGGAGGAGAAGCAGAGGAAGGACAAAAUCAACAACGGGAUCUCCAAGUACUUCAACAGCGGCGCUGCGCCGUCUGCCCCCAAACCCAAGCCCGCUGCCACUGCAGAGGAUGAUGCCUUCAUGGCUGACCUCCUUGGAGAGGUCGAUACCAACGUCGUUCCGCAACGCCUGCCCACUCGAAACAUAGUCAAGUCCGAAACUCGGCGCAAAGUCCGGAUCUUGUCCCCUCCGCUCUCGGACAGGACGCGGAGAGAUAAUCAGAUCAAGAAAGACGAGAACAACGAUCCGGUUUCCCCGGUCAAAGACCAGUCGGAUAUGAACAUGGAUGAUGAUGAUGAUGAUGGCCCGCUUCCCAACAUGGAUGACGAGGACUUUCCGAUGAGUGACCCGAUGCCAUCAUCGCCUAUCAGCAAGGCAAUCGAGAGGAAGACAACGGCUGUGUCGGUCAAGGUGGAAGAAUUGGAUGAGGAUGAUACCGACCUCAUGGAGGUUGCACAAGCCACCGGACAGAACGAAGCGAAGGCAGCAAGCAUCAAUAUGGCUGGAAGCCGACCUGCCCCUAAGCUUAAGCGGGAGUCUUAUCCUUCCAUCGCCAGCUCUUCUCCUGCCAAGGCUUUACCAGAUGUUGCUGCGUCUUGGAAUGACGUCCGAAGCAAGCUGAACGUUCUCAGCAGCCCUGCCCACACCGAGAUGCGAACUUUCGGAAAGCUACGGCCGCAAGACGUUGUUGAAGAGGACGGGAGCUUACGCAUGUUCUGGCUGGACUUUACGGAAGUCAAUGGGAGUCUCUGCUUGUUUGGGAAGGUGAAGAAUAAGCAAACGGGCUCCUACGCCAGUGCGUUCGUUAAGGUUGACAAUAUCCUGCGGAAACUCUACUUUCUCCCUCGGGAAACUCGUCACAAGCACGGUCGCGAGACUGAUGAAGAGGUGGACAUGGAAGAUGUUUAUCGCGAAGUUGAUGAUAUGAUGUCGAGGUUGAGAGUUGGGAUGCAUAAAAUCAAACCGUGUACGCGUAAGUAUGCGUUUGAAGUGCCCGGUAUCCCCAAGGAAACAGAUUAUCUGAAGCUUCUCUACCCUUACGAUAAGCCCGGCUUGCCAAUGGACGUUAAGGGGGAGACCUUUUCUCACGUUUUCGGUACUAACACGGCAUUGUUCGAGCAAUUUGUGCUCUGGAAGAAUAUCAUGGGUCCAUGUUGGCUCAAGAUUGAAGAAGCAGAUUUCUCGGCUGUCAACAACGCCUCUUGGUGCAAAUUUGAAUGCCAGGUAUCGAAGCCUGCUCUCAUCUCUCCGGUGCCUGAUUCUGAAAACCUGGACGCACCCCCUCUCACUCUGAUGAGUCUUUCGUUCCGGACUCAACUCAACAUCAAAGAAAAUAAGCAAGAGAUCCUAGUGGCGAGUGCCCGGGUAUACGAGAAUGUCUCCCUCACGGAUACUACACCCCCGGAGAGACUGCCUUGCAAGACUUUCACAGUUAUGCGACCUGUGGGCGCCUCCUAUCCCAUGCACUUCGAAGCCGAGACUCGGAAGCAACGAGGUACAUUCAUGCUCGAGAGAAGCGAGCAGUUUCUGCUCAGCAAAUUCUUGGCACUCUUCGAGAAGAUGGAUCCUGAUGUCCUUAUGGGACACCAGCUCCAAGAGGUCGAUCUCAGCAUUCUUCUCAGUCGACUCAAAGAGAAGAAGACGCCGGGAUGGCAUCGCCUGGGACGGCUGAAGCGUGGAGAUUGGCCUAAGAACUUCAACAGGGGUGGGGGUUUCUUUGCUGAGAGGCAUCUGAUCGCAGGACGAUUGAUGUGUGACGUGGCUAACGAUAUGGGCAAGUCUCUGAUGAUGAAAUGUCAAUCUUGGAGCCUCACAGAAAUGUGUGAGCUCUACUUGGGACAGGGCAACACGAGACAGGAACUAGACACCGAAGCAGCCUUGAAAUCCUGGGCUACCACCAAAGAUGGGCUCAUGAACUUCGUGAACCAUUGCGAUGCGGACACCUACUUCAUCGCCGCUCUCGUUCUGAAACUACAGAUGUUGCCCCUAACCAAGGUGCUCACAAAUAUUGCCGGUAACUCAUGGGCACGAACGCUCAGUGGCACACGCGCCGAGCGGAACGAGUACAUUCUUCUUCACGAAUUCCAUCGGAACAAAUACAUCUGUCCCGAUAAGUACUCCUCCAAGCUACAAAAAGCGGAAGAGAAAGCUCAGGAGGGUGACGAGGACGACUCGGCGGACAAGAAGAAGAAGGACAAGUAUAAGGGUGGUCUCGUUUUUGAACCCGAGAAGGGCCUUUACGACCGUUUUGUCCUUGUUAUGGACUUCAACAGUCUGUACCCGAGUAUCAUCCAAGAGUAUAAUAUUUGCUUCACAACCGUGGAACGGACGGCAACUGCUGAGAACGACAAAGAGGAGAAAGUGCCCGAAAUUCCCUCUUCGGAGCAAGAGCAGGGUAUCCUGCCUCGCCUCAUCGCAACCUUGGUCGGUCGUCGACGUGAGGUAAAGAAACUGAUGAAGGAUAAACGUGCGACGCCUGAGCAGCUAGCUUUGUGGGACACGAAGCAAUUGGCCUUCAAGCUGACGGCCAACUCCAUGUACGGAUGCUUGGGUUAUACGCAGAGUCGCUUUUAUGCUCGUCCUCUAGCCAUGCUUACUACAUUUAAGGGUCGUGAGAUUCUCAGAAGUACCAAGGAGCUGGCGGAGUCGAAACAACUCAGAGUCAUUUAUGGUGAUACUGAUUCCGUCAUGAUCAACACGAAUAUGGACACGAUCAGUGAUGCGAUCAAGGUCGGUGAGGAGUUCAAGAAGUCUGUGAACGAGCGUUACCGGCUACUGGAGAUCGAUAUUGAUAAUAUUUUCCGUCGUCUCCUACUGCAUGCCAAGAAGAAGUACGCGGCCGUCAACAUCACAGAGGUUGAUGGCAAGUACGUUGAUAAGCUGGAAGUCAAAGGUCUUGAUAUGAAGAGACGUGAGUACUGCUCGCUUUCAAAGGAGGUUUCUCAGAAACUGCUGAAUGAGGUUCUCUCCGGCGAGGAUCAGGAACUUGUCCUGAACCGCAUCCACGACUACCUGCGCGAUCUCGCAGCCAAGAUGCGAGAGUUCACAGUCCCUGUGCAGAAAUAUGUGAUCUACACGAAACUCUCUAAGCGGCCAGAAGAAUAUCCUAACAAGGAGACGAUGCCUCCAGUACAGGUCGCCCUGCGUGAGCUUGCUCGAGGAAAGACGGUUCGGCCCAACGACGUUAUUUCGUAUGUUGUGACCAGCGGAGACUCAGAAACUGCAUCUCUCCCGCCGGCCAAACGGUCGUAUACGCUGCAGGAUGUGAUGAAGCCCGACUCGGAGCUCAAGCCCGACAUCGAGUUCUACCUACUCAAGCAAAUCUUCCCGCCAAUCGAGCGUCUUUGUGCUCCUAUCCCUGGUACUGAUGCCGUUCGACUAGCGGAGUGUUUGGGUCUCGAUGUUCGCAAAUACCAAAUCAAUACUUCUAGUGCAAGCAAUCAGCAGAACGCCGACAUCUUCCCGUUGGAGUCUCAAAUUCCCGAUUCUGUCCGGUUCGAAGGUGCAGCCCGGCUCACCCUCACUUGUCGGUUCUGCAAGGAGAAAGCAGUGUUCGAAGGGCUGGUCGGGUCAACCCAUAUGUGCACCGCCAACGGAAUUAUUUGCCCCAACCAAGCUUGUCAAAAACCUUUCUCAGUUUUGACUAUAAUUGCGCAGUUGGAAACACAAAUUCGGGCGCAGACAUCCAAAUACUAUGAAGGUUGGCUUGUCUGCGACGACUCAGCCUGUGGUAACCGGACGCGUCAGAUCAGUGUGUACGGGCACCGCUGUCUGGGUCCACGAGGUCAUGCUGAGGGUUGUCUUGGUCGUAUGUCUUACGAGUACACGGAGAAGCAGAUGUACAACCAGUUGCUCUACUUUGCUGGACUCUGGGACGUCGACAAGGCUCGAACUGCGGCUGAGAAAGAUGGCAGCGGAGAGAAGAAGGACAGUGUAGCAGCGUUGGUCGAAUUCAAUCGCACCCGGUUCGGCACUGUUAAAGGUGUAGUGGACGCAUACCUGAAGAAAUGUGGGCGACAAUGGGUUGAAAUGGACAGUUUGUUCCGCUUCAUGCUGCCUUGAAUGGAUUCAAAUAGAUUCAUUUGCUAUGUACAUAUCAGUAACAUCUUUCAUUUUGUGGAUAGCGGGUAUUUUCAGGCUUGG